GGUACCAUAUGUAGCUACCUUCUUAUAUAUGUAUAUGCCAUGUACCCGUGAAAGGCGAGAGCGAGCAACUACAAUAGAAAUCUAUGAUAGUUUCAAAGUGAUUUUUUUAGCGCCGAACCCAUUAUCACUGACCACCACCAAGAUAAAAGAAAAUGAAUGCGUCACGAAACGACCAAAGGGGGAGCCGAGAAAAAGAGAGAGAAAACAAAGAGUUGGCUUCGGUUUCACAACGCCAGUAUACAAACAAGAGAUAAUUGAGAAAAUGUUUAGAUCCAUUUUUGGACUAAAAUUCUUUGAAAGACCUCUGUCUUCAGGAGAUAUGGACUCUUCUUCAAAGAAGUCCAAACGAAGGAGUGAGAGACCUUUGUCUCCUCAAGACAAAAACCCUCCCACCAUCUUGAGGGAGCACGGACGAAGGGGUGAGAGACCUUCGUCUAGUGGAGACACCAACCCUUCUACUAUCAUGAAGGAGCACAGAGAAAGGGGUGAGGGCCCUUUGUCUUGUGCAGAAAACCAGCCCUCUAUCACCAGGCAGCAAGAACGAAGGAAUGUGAGAUCUUUGUUCAUCGUGGGCACCAACCCUUCUACCAUCAUGAAGGAGCGCAGGCAAAAGGGUGAGAGCCCUUUGUCUUGUGCAGAACACAAGCCCUCUACCACCAGGCAGCACGUACGAAGGGGUGAGAGCCCUUCUUCUUUAUUCUCUGAAGACAAGCAGCCUUCUACUCCAAGGCGGCAGCAAGCAUGGAGAGGUGAGAGCCCUUCGUCUUCCUCCUCUGAAGACGACCAACCUUCAACCACCAGGCAGCGAGUACGAAGGUUUGAGAGCCCGUCCUCUUCAUCCUCUGAAGACAAGCAGCCUUCUACUCCAAGGCGGCAGCAAGCAUGGAGGGGUGAGAGCCCUUUGUCGUCAUCUUCUGAAGAUGAACAUCGCUCUACCACCAGGCAGCAAGUGCGAAGGGAUGUGAGCUCUUUGUUCAUCGUGGGCACCAACCCUUCUACCGUCAUGAAGGAGAGCAGGCAAAGGAGAGAGAGCUCUUUGUCUUCCUCUUCUGAAGAUGAUGAGCCUUCUACCACCAGGCAGCGAGUACGAAGGUUUGAGAGCCCUUCCUCUUCAUCCUCUGAAGACAGUCAGCCUACUACUCGGAGGCGGCAGCAAGCAUGGAGAGGUGAGAGCCCUUCGUCUUCCUCCUCUGAAGACGACCAACCUUCAACCACCAGGCAGCGAGUACGAAGGUUUGAGAGCCCGUCCUCUUCAUCCUCUGAAGACAAGCAGCCUUCUACUCCAAGGCGGCAGCAAGCAUGGAGGGGUGAGAGCCCUUCGUCGUCAUCUUCUGAAGAUGACGAGCCUUCUACCACAAGGAGGCAGCAACAACAAAGUCCUUUGUCCUUCGUAGACAUCAACCUUUCUACCACCUUUAGGCAGAAUGGAGGAAUUGGUGAGAACCAUUUGCCCUGCAUUGACAUUGACAAGCCUACCAUCUGGUGGGAGCACGUAUUAAGGGGUGAGAGACCUUUGUUUCGUGGAGAUUUCAACCCUUCAAACACCUUGAGGCAGGACGGACGAAGUGGUGACAGCCGUUCCUCUACAUCUUCAUCUUCUGAAGACGACGAGUCUUUUACCACAAGGAGGCAGCAAGAAAGAAGGGCUAAUAGCCCUUUAUCUAUCUAUCUGAGUGCGAGAAAGGAGAGAGAGAUCAUUGAAAGAGAAAAGCAGCGUUUGGAGGAGGAGGGUUUAAAAAGAGAAAGAGAGAGGUGUGAAGAGAUGAAGAGAAAGAACCAGGAGAAGGAGAGGAAAAUGUUUAGUCUGCGUUCAAGAAUAUACAUUUGGUGGCUCAAUCGCAAGAUAAAACGCAUUGCCAGGGAAAUCCAAUCAACCUUUGUGGAUGAGCGCUACCUCCUGCGUCAUGAUCCCCUCAGAAAUCCAGAGAAAAUGGCAGAAAAAGAACGGCUGCUUGACCGAAGGAGGGAGCUGGUCGUGUACAAACGCAGACAAAAAUUUAAGGUGGAGAGGGAAGUGAUGAAGCAAAAACUGAACGUAGAGAGGAAGGAAAUAAAUGCGAAGAAGAUGGAGAAUAUCUCUGAGUUAUGCUGCAACUCAGAAAGCCGACAUAUGUUAAAUCUUCGCAACGGGCCAAUGCCAGUCAGGUCACGCAAACUCGUACUUGUUAACAUAUAUCAAUUAAGAUAAAAGUAGAGCAAUCGGAAAAAUGGCACCAAAUAGAGAGAGGUAAUUGAGGGAGACAGCAAACAUUUCAGAUUUGACAAAACAGAAGUAAAGAAAAGUAAAAUAUUCUUUUAAAACAUUAGCAACCACCGUCAAAUAUCCUUGCAGCCACAUAACACCCUAGAGUCAAAAAGCAUUGUGCAAAUAACAGUGUCCUAACUUAACGCCACCUGACCCAAUCUGACCUAAUUUAACCAAGGUUAGCCCAACACCUAUCCUAAUUUAGCUUUGGUUAGGUUCUGGCAGAGACCUUAGGGUUAGGGUUAGA